GGUCGCGGUGAAGCCAGCAACCUGUUGGCCGUCAUUGCCUCCGUGCCCAUCUCAGUCCUCGGCUCUGUAUCAGAAAUGCUGUUCCUUUGGGAACCACAGCCAAGGAAGAGAUGGAGAGAUUCUGGAAUAAGAACACUGGUUCCAACCGUCCUCUGUCUCCUCAUAUCACUAUCUACAGUUGGUCUCUUCCCAUGGCAAUGUCCAUUUGCCACCGCGGCACUGGUGUUGCCUUGAGUGCAGGGGUCUCUCUUUUUGGUUUGUCGGCCCUGUUGCUCCCUGGGAACUUUGAGUCUCAUUUGGAACUUGUGAAGUCCCUGUGUCUGGGGCCAGCGCUGAUCCACACAGCCAAGUUUGCUCUCGUCUUCCCGCUCAUGUAUCACACCUGGAACGGGAUCCGACACUUGAUGUGGGACCUAGGAAAAGGCCUGAAGAUCCCCCAGCUGCACCAGUCUGGUGUGGCUGUCCUGGCCCUCACUGUGUUGUGCUCCGUGGGGCUGGCAGCCAUGUGAAGGGCUCCAGCCCCAGCUCUAUCCUCC